UAAUAUAUAGAUGCAGAAUCAAAAUCUUACUCUAACAAUUAUGUCAAAAAUCAUAUAUUCGAUAAUGCACGUAGAUUGUUUGAUUUAAUGCCUGACAUGAAUGUUGUUUCUUGAAAUUCUUUAUUGUCUGGGUAUGCUCAAAAUGGAUAUGUUGAUGAGGCAAAGGAGGAUUUUUAAUAAUAUGCCUGAUAAAAAUUCCAUCUCUUUAAAUGGUUUACUUGUUGCCUAUGUUCAUAAUGGAAUAAUUGAGGAGGUUUGUGGGUUGUUUGAGUCCAAAUCGGAUUGGGAAUUGACUUCUUGAAACUGUUUGAUGGGUGGGUUUGUUAGGAGAAAGAAGAUACGUGAUGCUAGGCGGCUUUUUGACAAAAUGCCUUUUAGGAUGCAAUUUACCUGGAAUACUAUGAUUUUAGGUUAUGCCCAAGUUAGAGGUUUGUCGCGGGCUAGGAGAUUGUUUGAUGAAUCUCCAAUACGGGACGUGUACACGUGGAUAACCAUGGUGUCUGGGUAUAUGCAGAAUAGAAUGCUGGAUGAAGCUAGAAUAUUUUUUGAUGAUAUGCCCCAAAAAAAUGAAGUUUCAUAUAAGGCAGCUAAGAAGGGUGAAGAAAGAAAGACAAUUCAACCGUCUUGUCGAUGUCUACCAGAAGAUACUCGCAACCGAUGGAGUUUAUGAGCUUUACCGUGGUUUCAACAUCUCCUGUGUCGGAAUCAUUGUGUAUCGUGGUCUCUACUUUAGAAUAUAUGAUUCACUCCAACCAGUUCUUGUAACUAGAAAAUUGUAGAUGCAUAUUGUAAAAGAUAAGAUCUUACACCCAAGAUAGCUGGAACAGGCAAAAGAUCUAUGAUGAGGUAGUGGAGCUCAGAAAAGAUGAAAUCAAAAUGGUGCGCAGACUAAUCAAGAACGGAGCACCACAUCGCGACUUCAAUCCAUAUCCGGUCUGUAACUUUCAUUUUCAUUUUAAAUUCUUUAUACUAUCAAUAUAAUGUUUGAAACACAUUUAGAACGCGUAAUUCCUUAAUUUCAAAUCACAUUUGUAAUGUGCAAGCUUAUGUUGAUUAGUUCAAAUGAGAUGAUCCCAAACAUCCAUUGUCUAAUGCACCAAAACCCAAAUGAGGGUUUAUUCCUUCAUUUUGACAAGCCAAAGGAUGAUGAUGGUCCAUUUCUUCUGUGGGAAGAUGAUUCUAGUUUGACCAAAAAAUCAAAUCAUUUGGCUUACAUUCCUGCACCAAAGCAGAAGUUACAUGGCCAUGAUGAGUCAUAUAAUCCUCCUUUAGAGUAUAUUCCAACCCAAGAAGAGAUUAAUUCAUAUCAGUUGAUGUUUGAAGAAGACCACCCUAAGUUUGUUCGAAAAAGCUCUGCAUCUAUAAGAAGCAUCCCUGCGUAUGAGAAAAUGAACAAAUUGUCUUCUGCUGAUAUGUAAAACGGAUCACAAGACAAAAAACAAAUUUAAAUAAGUAGGUUACAUAUGAUAGAGGUAUUAUGAGUGAAGCUAAAAGGAAAAGUUGAUAAAAGGGAUAUUUUUAGCUAUUAAAAGGGGAUUGUGACUCAAGCUAAAAGGAAAAGUUUAUUACAUGCAUUUUCUCUCUGCCUGUAGUCAUACUGGCUUUCUGGAUAGGGGAACCGAGUACUUCUAUUAAAUGAAUAAAGAUUGAAGUGUAACACCAACUUCAAAACAUUAUAAUUGCAUGAUUGAUCUUCUUGGCAGAGCGGGCCAUUUGGAAGAAGCACGUGACUUAAUGAGAGAACACAAACACUGAAUUUAAAAAGAUAGCAUAUCUAUUUUAAUUCGUUGCAGUAAUCAUGUUUUGUAUUUUACCCUUACAAAAAAAAAAAUUGUCCGAAAACCUUCGAGGAAUGUAAUAAUAGUGGUACAUGUCGUUUUUAUUAGUGAUUUUGCCAAUGCCAAAAUGUACAUGCUAGCAGGUGAAUAAUAAUGUUUUGUUUAUUUAUAAUGAGAAGGAAAUGAUGUGAUAGAGAAUGUUCAUCCUUGUUU